AUGGCCCUCACCACCAGCAUCCGCAUCCUCAACCGCACCCAGGCAAGAACACACACAAUCAACACCAGAAAGAUAGACAAAAAAUCAAAAAGACAGACAAGCAGCAAGAGAGAAAACAAGAGAAACAUUCCAGGCCGAUCCCUUCAACCCUCCUUUCCGAUGACAGUAUAUAAACCCCAACAGACAGACAGACAGACAGACAGACAGACAGAUGAAGCAACCAAGAACGGUAAAUGGCGGAUUAAAGAGUUGAGUGGACUCCUUUGCAUCCCCUUGAAGUUGAACGAGAUGAGAUAG